GGGGCGCUGAGGCGGCUUCCGGUCGGGCCUGCCCGGGUCGGCGGAACCUUUGCCAGGUGCUGCGCGGCGGGUGGGUCCGAUUCGGUACCGGCCUUGCCUGUCUGGGCUCGUUCUCUGGAGACUGGAGUGGAAGUUUUCUCAGAUUCAUGUCCUUUCACUGCUAAAAUUAUCCCUCACUAAAGAUGCAUCCAGACCUGUCUCCUCAUCUGCACACUGAAGAAUGUAACCUAGUUAUCAGUCUGCUCAAGAAGUGUCAUAAGGAGCACAACAUUUUGAAAUUUUUUGGCCAUUGCAAUGAUAUUGACCGUGAGAUGCGGAAAUGCCUAAAGAAAGAGUAUGAAGAAAACAGGGCCAGGAGCCAGGAGCUGCGACGGAGGAUAAUUAAUGCUCACAGAAACUCAGAGAAUUGAGCUGUACUGUACUUGAACAGCUGCAUCUCACCAGGGACACUCAGUUAAAAGUGGACAGAAUACUUUCCCAUCAUCAGUGCUCAGCCUGUGGCUUGUGAAAUGGUGAAAAAAUAAAUGCACCUAAUGCAUACUCAUUUCCAGCAAGGCAAACAAUGUGCAAAAAAAUUUAAAUACGAUAAAUGAACACUGACAGCCUAAUUUUUAACCUCUAAAGGAAGACUUGUGGCAGAUCUUUGCUCUGGCAUACUUCUGUUAUGAUAGUUAAGUAAAAAGGAAUUACUUUGUGUAGAAUAUUAUGUAUUGGAGGCUGCUAUAUCCCCUACAUUCUGUUGAGUUGCAUUUAUUGCUUUCUGUUUGGCAGUUCCUCUUUCAUAUCUUGUUUUCUGUUCUUUUUUUCUCCCUUACAAAACACUGAAUUACUUUUUCCAUCACUCUUUGUAGUGUUGUGAUAACACUGCUUAAAUGCACUCGCAGAAGGAAGUUUUAAACCUAUGUGAAUUGAGCUUGGAAAUUGCCUAUCAAGUAAUAAUUGGAGUUCUAGUAUUUUUAUUCAAGCUAAAAUGAUGAAACUACCAUCUUUCACUGAGAAGAUUAAAAAAUCCUUCAUGGCAACCAUAUGUACAGUGUAGACUCUUUUAAGACAAUUUUAUCAUCAUACCCAAAGCAAGCUGCUUUAGAAACUCAGAAUGGAACAUUUCCAGGGAUUUACAAAGCUUUGCCUUGAUUUUUGUUGAGUACAAUCGAUGCAUGCUGAGUGUUUUUUGAAGAGGAGCAUUGCCAAAACCCAAAGCUAAAGAGUUCUUCCACAUGCUGUGGUACAAACUUGAAGUCAAGUUAUGACUAUUGCUGUUGAAGAAGAAUUCAGAUUGAAGAGAAAGGAAGUGUCACUUGCCUUUCAGUUAAGCAAGUCACCUAGUAUUGUCUUAACCAAGCACCUUGCUAGCCUAAAAGAACCACUUAUUUGCUGUAAGACUGCAGAAAGUCCUCAACAAGCCUGAAUUCAGAAGAUUUGAUAUUUGAUAUAUCAAAUAUUGAUAUUUGAUAUUAAAACGUAUGCUGGUUUGUGCAGUGAUGGAGCUGCUUCUCUGACUCUCUGCUGUAUAUUUUAAAAUUACUUUUCCUUUCUGCCUUGCAACAAAGGAGUAUUAACAAUAUUAUUGAACCAAAUAUAAUAAGUGUCAGCCUUUUGAAAAAA